UGAAGCCGAAAUUUCAUGGUACGCUGUUCAAAUCGAUUUAGCGCCUGUGUUCACCUUCUACUCUCAGGCCUCACAGUGAUGCUUCGGAUGUGAUCUUAACUGGCUCAUUCGACCACGUAAGUGGCUUCCCUGCCUACCUAAAGUCCGCCGCAGGCUCAGUUUCAUAUCCUGGCAGUGGUCCUGCACUACGCACCUGCCCAAGGGCACAUCUGGUUUCGUAGGCAAUGUCAGGGUCCCCUGGAAUGAGAAAGUUCCCUAUAAGUUCAUUGUGGACGGAAGCUGGGUCACGCGUGAUGACCGCCCAACAGAGUUAGAUGGUGCCGGGAACCUUAAUAAUGUUCUGUUCGCGCCCUCUAAGCCCACUCCUAUAAUGGAACACCCAUCUUCCCCUGCUGCUCCCCAAGGCCCCACCGACUCCAUGACUUCAGCUACCACAUUGCCUGAAGAGUCGUUGUCUAGCGAGACCUCCCAACAGGAGGCGUUGGAGGCGGAUCAACAUGGUGGAAUCACUGAUUCUGGUUCCACCGAUGCCACAAACGCCGUUGAUGAUUCAGGUGUUUCUGACAAGGAACUCCCGGCAGCUGAUGUUCCCGACAUUAUCGUCGAACCAGCUGAAACUCCCGCAUCGAGCGAUGAGGUUGACACCUUCCAUGCAAUUGUGGACAGUGCGACGAGCGCGGUGACGCACGUUUCUGAAGAAGUUGCUAGCGCACUAGGAUACGUUUCCUCGGGCAUCAGCUUUAUGUUUUCGAGCACGCCUCAUCAUUCAACGGAGAAUGUUCACGUUCUGGAUGCAACCGAACAACCACCAACCACUUCGGCCAUCGAGCCAAUCGUCGCCGAGGCACCACCAGAUAGCACUCAGGGAGUUCCCUCCCCUGACGCCAUUGAUGCCACGCCGCAAAUCGCGCCCGUCGUCCCUAUCCUUAUCUUACCUGUCAAUGAUCACAUGUUGAACGAAUCUGCGUCACCUUUACCAGACGGGGAAUCUGUUGAAAGUGAUCCUUUGGUCCCCGGUUCAUUCGAUGCAACAAUUUCUGUUCUUGAGCCGUCGACGCAUUCUCCUCUACUGUUAUCCAAAUCAGUGCCUUCUGUCACGCAGGAAGCUCAAGCCGGAGGAGAGCAGAAUGGCAAACCUACGGAGGAAGAGAAAUUGGGAACGCAGGCUGCCGAAGAGCAUAACGGAGAAUUGCUCGUGGAUGCAAUCGCGCCCCCUUCAGACGCGGCUGCGAAUCCCACAACGCCUGAUAUUAACGUCAAUCCAGACCCCGUUAAAACAAUUGAUACAUCUGUUGUUGAUGCUGGGCCUAUCGCGCCCGACAACGAGCUAUCCUUGCCGACGCCCGAGCCUCAAGAUACCCCUGCAGUUACUGCCUCGUCAAUGCCCUCUACAGACAGUGAUACCAAAGAUUCAAAGGAUAUCUCAUUCCCUGCUUCCACUACCACCGACUCACCUGUGACACUGUCAUCCAAGUUCAACACUGCAAGCCCGAGAAAGAAGCGACGGUCAUUCUUCGCCAAAUUGAAAGAGUUUUUCUCUCACAAGGAAAAGACGAAGAAGUAGAUGCUCUUACUACCUUUUCAUUGUUACCAUUCACACGCUAGCAGUUCUUCUCAUUUGUACCAUGCAGACAACUUCUCAUUUUUUCACCAUCACGCGAACGAUACCUCUU